GCCGCGGCAUGGCCGCCAUCAUCAAGAAACAGAUCCUGAAGCACCUGUCCCGGUGAGGCACCCGCGGAGCGCUGCGGGGGGCGACGUGGGGUGUGGGGGGGGCACGAGGUCCGUCCGCCCGUAUGGCCGCGCCGUUUGUCCCGGGGGGGUUCGGCCGUCCCGGAGCUGCGCUGCGCGCUGCGUUCGGGCGCCGUUUGUGUCGGUGAGGUCGGAGGAGCGCUGUGGGAAUGGCGGCUUUUUUUUGGCCGUGCGCUGACCUUGGGUGGGUCCCCCGCCUCAGUUUCCCUGCGGAGGUGCGGAGCGGAGCCGCGCUGCUCUGUGCGCGUCCUCCGUCUGCGGCGCUGCCGCCCGGCGGGGUUUGCACGGCGCUCUGUGCGGCUGUAGGACCGCCGGAGUCGGAAGGGACCUCUAAAAGCCGUCCGUUCCCACUCCCUGCAUCGCACGGGGACACCCGCAGCUCCAUCGGUGCUCGCAGCCCCGCGGGGGUCUGUGGGGAUGCGGCACCACCGCCUCUCUGUGCAGCGCCUCUCCUGACUGCAAAACCUUCCUUGUACCCAACCUAAACCUCCCCUCUUUGAGACCCCUUCCCCUUGUCCUGUCACACAGACCCUGCUAUAGGCCGUCCCUUUCUCUCUCAGCUCUCAGCCUGUCCUCGCAGGGCGAUGUCCCAUCCCUGGGAUCGCUUCUGUGGCCCUCCUGUGUGCGCUGUGAGCUGCGGGUGGUGGAGUCCUCUGUGCGCCUCUGGCUGAGAGACCCAGCUGUAAAGUGAGGGGCACGAGAUCAUAGCGACCAGCCCAGCAUUGCAUGGGAUCAGUGCUGGAGCGAGGAUUAAAACUGGGAGUCCUCUCCCCAGGGCUGCACUGAGAGCUUCUGGAUCGUGGGAGGAAUCCCUGCAAACUUUAAUGGAGCUCCACGAAGUGCCCGCCUGCAUUGGUUCGGGCUCAGCAGCUGCUCAGUGCUGUGUGCAGUAGGGCCUGCUGCUGCCCGCAUGCAUUCAAGUGGCAUCGCAGAUAGCCGGGGUUCCUGUGCUGUUCCAUCUCAAAGCAUGGCACCGAUGGAUCUGAGAUGGAUCUGAGAUGGAUGCAGCCUCCCGACCUUUGGAUUCAUAGCAGGGAGACUUGGAUGAGAGCAGCAGCUGCUGCGGGCUGGAGCAGAGCUGAGCAUUAUUCCUCCGUGCCACUUUGCCUGGAGUUAAAGCAUAUGCUUGUGGGUGCUUGGUCUGAUCCUGCCCCGUUCUCACUUAAAUAUUGCAGAUACUUCAUAGCAAAGCAUUUUGAACACCGAUCUCGUAUUAAAAAGAGGAUGGUUUUCCAUUCCUGUUCUGUUUGCUGCAGAUAGCUCUGCUUCGCACUCCCUUUGGGUUUUUCUUUCUGCUGUGCUCAUUUGCCUGGAAGAAUUUCACCGCUCAGUCGUUAACCUGCCUUUAUUUGCAGCUUGCCAUUUGCAUAUGAAGCAAUUCCUUGUUCCUGCUGUGGUAUCUUCAUCUGGAGCGUGCAGUGCGCUUUUGUUCCUUCUAUCUCUGCAGAUUUGCAAGGAAGGGAUCAGAGAGGCGCAAAGAUGAGGGAAGUAUGGAGGAGUUCUUUCACACCACUGUUCAGACUGAGCGGAUCACAUCAGUGCCCGAUGGGAUCCCCGUGGCUGCUUGCAGGGAUCUGUGGAGCUGAGUUUCCCCACUGGUGGCAGAGCGGCUGUGCGUGAGCUGGGAUGUGCGGAAGGCAGGGAUUUCUCUGUCAUCACUUCUUUGAUUCUCUUGGCUGCUUUGUUUUCCUCCUUCCCCACCUUUGGAAGCUGCUGAAUGAGGGGUUUGGGCACCAUCAGCUUCCUGAUGAAGGCUGAAGCUGAGCUGUGCAGGUGCAGGGCAGCACAGCCAUCCGUCCUGCCAUCCGCUGUCACUUGCUGCUCCACGCAGCUGCUGCACAGAGGAAGAUGAGGCAUGGAAGAAGCUGCAGAACUGUGCUGCACAGCGUGGCAUUCGAGCCACCUUUGGGGAUAAAUAGGAGAGGUUUUAGGAGCAGAACUCCAAAAAAUAUCCUAGAAAACAAAACAGUGGAGUGCCAUCUACACGAUGUAGUGCUUUGAUAUGUGGAAAUGUAGGUCAGGUAGGCAGCCAGCACGAAUGACAUUUCUUUCACGUGACCCUCAUAAACCAGAGUGCAUCUCAGCACAGCACCUCCAGCUCACGGUGCUUUGGGCCGUGACAGGACUGCUUUGCCUCUCCCCUUUCUCUUUGCAGCUGCGUGUAACCUUUGCAGCACAUGAAGGCCCUGCUGGCACAUAACCCACAGCGUAUCCUUAGUUUUUUCCAGAUCAGUUUAGCAGUUGGAAGUAUGUGGGUGUUGCAGGCAGUGCCUUAGCUAGGGAUGAAUAAGGCUGCUGUGUGCUGUUAUGAAAUAACGUGGGUCUGAGAAACUCAGAAUCCCUUCCUGGCCUUAAAAAUUCACUUCUUAUUGCCCCUUCCAAGCAAGCGCUGCUUGUGGUCCACCUGCAUUGCCUGCUUCUCUGGGAGGUCUCGGGUCUGUUUGCUUCUCAUUUCUUGUCCUGAAGUGCUUUGCAGCAUUGCUCUGUGCUCAAACGCUCAGCUGCAGCUGUGGCUUUGCAGUGACAACCAAAGCAAUGGAUGUUCAGUGAGGACAACGUGUUGGAAACCCUCUGCUUUAGAAGGGCCUGCUGUCACUGUCCGGGCUGUGGGAACCCUCUGAGUUUCUUCCAGUUUCCUGACCUUGAUUCUAAAUGAACUGCCAGAAAUGGGAAGAGCGUUGGUGGGUGGGGAGAAAAGCCAGGAGGUCACAUCUGGAAAUGGGCUGAUGAGGUCUGCGGACCAUAACAUGAUUUGGGCAGAAGGGACCUCCAGAGGACCCCUGCCUGGGACACAGACUGCUGCCAUUGGUGCUCACGUUGCAGUUUCAGCUGGAGCUGAUUUCGUGUUCUCCUUCAGAGACCAGGGAGAUCUCUCCUGCAGAAGACCAUAAUGGCCCUAAAGUAGCUGGGAAACAGGGGAAAGCACAAAGCUGCCAGCAGAUAAAAACUGAUGUUAAAACAGCCGUUACUUUCCCAUCUGCAAAGCAUUCUGUUCCUGCUUUUCAGUGCGUCCUGUUCAGCCAGGUAAUGGCAUCACAGCAUCAUCUAAGUUGGAAAAGUCCUUUGAGAUCCUUAGGUCCCAUCAUCAGACUGUGUCCCUCAGUGCCACAGCCACACAUCUCCAAACACCCCCAGGGAUGGAUUGCCCACCACCUCCCUGGGCUGCCCCUUCCAACACUUGGCUGCCCUCUGCAUAGAGAAAUCCUUCCUGAUUCUGAUCUAAACCUCUCCUGGUGCCACUUGAGACCUUUUCCUCGUGUCCUAUCACUUGUCACCCGAGAAAGGAGAUGGGACACCUCGUUGCCUGGUGGCUGUGGGGCUCUGGGCUCUCCCCUCCGCCUCCUUCUCCCCACACUCAUGCAUCUUUCUCAUCUCUUCACCUUCAUCUGAGCAUCCUUCCUGCUGGGACCUGAGCCCACUAUUUGAGGUGAGGUCUCACCAGCAGCCUGCACUGCUGCAUGGGCUCUGUGUGACCCACUGCCUUGCUGGAUGCCAUCCCAACUCAUCCCAUCCAUCCAGAUCCCUGUGCAGAGCCCUCUAAGGGGAGUUUUCUUACCUCACUCAUACCUCUUUAUGGCUUUUUGUUUCAAUUUAAAUAUUGAGGAACUCUGUGUGCAAAGUCAAAAGCCUGAGGUCCUGCAGUUACUUAAUACAGCCACUCAUUCCUUGUUUAAACAGGGGUGGGGAAAAAGAGCGUACACAUGACAGGAUGUGACAUUUAUCUUCCACAGAAAGUAAUCUCUAAUGCUAAUCAGGGCUGCUGUGCUGCACUGUAGCACACUGUCAUUUGACGAAGCAUAAAUCAGCUGCUGCUGCAAGGUGUUUGCAGCUGCUUCCCCUCAGCUCAAGAGAGCAGCAGGUGCUGUUUCUGAAAUGCUAAACGGGCUCUUGCUAAUGCAAAAAGAAAUUGCAUUCCCAUUGCUCGGGCUGCAUGCAUCUUCCUGCAGCAGCUGGGCUUGGUGGAACGUUGCAGCGAUGCACUGCAACCUCCCGGUGCUGCUGGUGCCCUGCAGGCAGUGUGCUCACAAGAGGGGCUCUCCUCGGUGUGUUGUUUCAUUUCUUUGGGGCUCCUUCAGCCCACUGCUGCUCAGCCGACUCUGAAUUAUGUCAUCGCUUUGGAUUUCCUGCCAUUGGGAGAGAAAAACCGCGGCUCAGAUCAGCAGAUGAAUAAUGUGAGCAGUGGGGAUUCUGCCCGGCACGAGGGAGUGGGAAUGCUGCGUUUGCUUAUACGCUUCUUCCUCGUUUUCUUUUGUGCGCUGUUGCUCAUUUGAGGGUCAGCCCUGGGAAUUUCCCUGGCAGCUGCAGAGGUUUUGCGUUCCAGACCUCAUGGGGCAGUGCCAUUUAAAUCUCCCUGAGCUCCCAGCCAGCGAGCUGGAAAUAGCCAAACCGAUCCUCUGCACGGUGCUGUUCCACCCUGCCAGCAUCCCCAUCUCAGCCCCUUGCAGUCAACCUGUGCUGUGCUUCACCAACCCCCACGUGCCAAAGGAGUUGGCAGUGUAAGAAACCCCCCUAAAUGUGGGGUGCAGUCAUUUUGUGCUUUUGGGUGUGUGAGCGGGGAGGCAGCCCUGGGGAAUGCUGCAGUCUCUUUCAUCUGCUUGGAAACACGGGUUGUCCUCAAGGGUUUCAAUUUGACUUGAAUUUCUGAGUCCUUUGGCUGUAGUUGCGUUGCAUUGCAUUGCAGCAGAUAACUGCUCGGGGAGCCGAGAGAGCUGAUAAGGAAUUGCUUUGGGCAUUUUGUGGUGGGAGUGCCUCUGCCCUUGGAUUUGGGCUGUUGAGUGGUCUGGCCCUUUAUCAGUGCAGUCGGUGCUUGGAAAGGCAGAACGUUGCUUGUAGGUACCAUUGCUGCUUUGAAAUUGUCGGGCAGCAACGCACUGAAUUCACCUGAUAAGGAGCAGACAGAUGUGGUGCUGGGUCUGACUGUAUGCAGUGUGCAACGAGGGUGUUCUGCAGCUGGAAUGGGGUGAGCUCAUCAGGUUUCUUGCAGCGGGACCAAACAUUGCUGUCUGCCCACCCAGAGUACAUCAGCACUGGGUGCAGCAGAGCUGGAGUUAUGGGGAUGGUUUCCAUGGGAUGGUUUCCAUAGGUUGGUUUCCAUAGGAUGGUUUCCAUAGGAUGCAAUGCUUUCCAUCAUCUCAACAGUUUGUUUGGUAUCAAUCAAACCUCCUCCCAUUCUAAAUGCCUUUAUAGCAAUUAGGUUGCUGGGGCACUGCCUGGGUUGGUACUGGAGGCCAUACCACAUACAUACAACGCCGUGUAUCAGUCAGUCUCAUUUUCUGCUCAGUUCUCUUCCUUGGCUGCAGAUCUGCAUCUCCCACUGCUGGGUAGCACUGUGACCAGGCAGAUGGCUCUGGGGUUGUACAGAACCUACUUAUGUGGUUUUGCUUCCUGAAAAGGCUUUUCUUCUCCUUCCCAUGUGCCUCCAAAGCAGCAGUUUUCCUCCCUUUUUAUAGAAGUUCUGAUCUCUUGCCCAGUUUUGUUUCCUCCAGAGUUAUCUUUCGGUUCAUUCCCAGACGUGUUUUGCAGUCAGAGCUUCUGCUCUUGUCUUCCUUGAAAGCCCCCCCCCCCCCCCCCCCCCAGCACUCCCUGACCUUUCCUUUUGCCACUCGUGACUUUAUCUCCAUGCAGCCCCGACCUUCGUGGCUCACGAGAGUCAGCAUGAAGGGAGCUGCCCUAACACAGAGCUUUGAUCAGUAUUUCUCCAUCUGCAGUGGUGGCACCCACUGUGGGGUUAUUCACCCCUGCACGGCACUAAACAAAACCGAGGCCGCUGCUGUCCUGCUAAUUAGUUCUUGCAUAUAAUAACCAUAGGAACGAGGAUAUUAAUAGGAAUGAGUGUUUUGCUGUGUGGGUGCUGGUUGCGUGCAAUAGGCGGUGAUUAGUGGGUAAUUGCAAACGAGGUCUGAGGCGGAAGAUGUGCUGAUGGGAGGGUCUGUGUGAUGGGGCUCCGAGGGGAGGUUUUCUGUCUGUAUGGUUGGUUGGCUGCAGCAGCUGAAGGUGUGGACGUAGAUGCUUUAUUUAUGGGCACAGCCUGGCUUAAGGCCAGCUGUAAGACUGGCCAAACUCCUCCUUGCAGUCAGUGGGUUUGCAGCCUCUGGAUCUCCCAGCUGUUGAACGGGGCAGUCCGUCAUGCAGGAGUGGCAUCGUUUCCUGUCCGUGUGCUCAGGCUGAUGGUGGAGCAAACAGAGGAACGCUCCUGUGCCCACCUACAGCGUGCAGUGGGGGAAUCCUAAAGGCCAAGGGUUCCUCUAAAGAGCACCGUGCGUUUCAGCCAGGUCCCAAAGAGCUGCUGAGGGUUCACUUGUCUGGGUGGCAUUACUGCUUAGGAAAGAGCAGGGCUUUCGUUCUGCCAAGACACUGGGAUGGCACAGUUCACAACCGCCUGUCUGCUGAUUGAAAACUGUAAUGCCUCCAUCAUCACCAACAGGGGAGAGUGGACAGCAGGGAAACCUCUGCAAACCACUGGCAUAAGGAGGAGCCUUGGCCCAGCAGGGCUCCCCUGCUUACAGCUGUUAGAAGCUUCCAGCUGGUAUUUCCUGUCAUCUUAACUGCACGCCAUUCACCUGGAGGCUUUCCGUGGGUGCAGGUGACUGGGAUGCUUCGUUGGCUGUCAGCUGCUGGCCAGCAGAUGCUGCCAGAAAGGAGGCCGUCACUCAUGGCAUGGGAGUGGAUGCAUUUGUGCUUGUGUACACAGCUGCAAAGUGCCCUGGUUCACCAAGAAUCUCUCUCCAGACAAAAUCAACCUGAGCACCCUGAAGGGGCAGGGGCAGCUGACCAACCUGGAGCUGGAUGAGGAGGUGCUGCAGAAUGUGCUGGAACUGCCCACCUGGCUUGCAAUCACCCGGGUCUACUGCAACAAGGCGUCCAUCAGGAUCCAGUGGACAAAACUGAAAACGCACCCAAUCUGUUUGUACCUGGACAAAGUGGAGGUAGAGAUGCGGACAUGUGAAGAGCCUCGGCCACCCAAUGGACAGUCUCCCAUUGCGCUUGCAGCCGGCCAGAGUGAAUACGGCUUUGCUGAAAAGGUGGUGGAGGGGAUGUUUAUUGUUGUAAAUUCCAUCACCAUCAAGAUUCACUCCAAGGCCUUUCAUGCUUCUUUUGAGCUAUGGCAGCUUCAAGGCUACAGCGUCAACCCCAACUGGCAGCAGAGCGACCUGCGGCUCACCCGCAUCACUGAUCCACAGAGAGGGGAGGUUUUGACGUUCAAAGAGCUCACCUGGCAGACACUCCGCAUUGAAGCAGAUGCGACUGACAAUGGUGAUCAGGAUCCUGUUACUACUCCUCUGAGACUCAUUACGAACCAGGGGAGGAUACAGAUCUCUCUCAAGAGAAGGACCAAAGAUUGCAAUGUGAUGGCAUCGAAGCUGAUGUUUCUCCUUGACGACCUUCUCUGGGUGCUGACAGACUCUCAGCUGAAAGCAAUGAUGAAAUAUGCGGAGUCUCUGAGUGAAGCCAUGGAGAAGUCUGCUCAGCAGAGGAAGAGCUUGGCACCAGACUCUGUGCAGAUGACACCACCACCUCCCAGCACCCAGCAGUCCUGGUCUCAACCAUUUGGAGUCAGCCCAAAUGCAACCAGCAUUGGUCAGUACUUCGAUAAACAUGACAUGAAGGAGUCAUCCUACCACCUCCUCAUCUCACGCCUGGAUCUGCACAUUUGUGAUGACAGCCACACUCGAGAGUCAGGCACUUUGAAGCAUGGGAUGCUGGGAGGUGCUAUGCAGCUGACCUUCAGGAGGAUGGCUUUUGACUAUUAUCCUUUCCAUAGGGCAGGAGAUGGCUGCAAGCAUUGGGUGAGGUACAGUGAGGCGAUGGAGACGCGGGGACAGUGGGCAAAAAGGCUGAUCAGUGAAUUUCAGAGCAAGGUUGAGAAGCAUUAUGAAGAAAUGGAUGCUGCCUUUGCCAAGACUCCACUUUCUCCCUUCAAAAAGAAAGCAGAUACGUUGUCGAGUCCUCAUAAGAGCCCCUUAGAGAGGGGCCGUGGACCCCCCUGCAGUCUGCCCCAGCUCCGGCACCCUCCGUGGCACCGGCUGCGAUCCAGCUGUGUGCUGCUGCGUGUGGACGACUUGGAUGUUCACCAGGUUUCCACAGCUGGCCAGCACAGUAAGAAACCUUCCACCCUGCUUUCGUGUAGUAGGAAAUUCCUCAACCUGCCUGAUCAGGUCUCUGCAAUCCACAUUGAAUUCACAGAGUAUUACUUCCCAGACAAUCAAGACUUUCCAGUUCCUUGCCCAAACCUGUAUGUACAGCUGAAUGGUCUGACGCUGACCCUGGAUACAGCAAGCAUGCUCUGGAUCAACCUCUUCUGUCUGGAUCUUUAUCGCAGCCUGGAGCAGUUCAAAGCCAUCUACAAGCUGGAGGACUCAGGCAAACGUGAUGAGCAUGUUGAUGUUCGAUUGGACGGCUUCCAGCUGAAGCUCAGCAUCCCUGUGGAGAAGAAAGUCGCUGACCAUCGGGAUCGUCCGCAGGCACUCUGCAUCCACGCGUCAGAGAUGACGGCCACCAACACCCGCCAUGCCCCCUUAUGCAGCUGCCAGGACCUGCAGAGCCUCUUCCGUAAAUUUGCUGGUUCGGAAUUCUUCCACUCCAGCUACUCCCAGUUCCCACGGUCCCAGGACAAUUUUAACCUCCUCCAUACCCUUUUCUUGCGCCAUGCCUAUCAGGUGGAUGACAGACCUCAGAAUUUUCCUCAGCCGCUGCGCAAAACCUCCGCCUCUGAAGAUCUGUGGUCUGUGAAUUUCACUGAGCUUUCCCUGGACUUCGAGGGUGCUGAGAGCUCAAAGGGCAGAGCCCUUAGCUUUAUUGACCCGUUUCCCCUUUCCGUUUGGGCCUGUUUUCCCAAGAGAUGGGGGCAGGCUCAGAUAUCUAAACGACAGCCAUCAUCUGUCUCCGAUUUCAAAAUCAAGCCUUCUGCCAGUUUUAGCAAUCACACCGAGAAUGAGAACCAGUCCAGAGAGCGUGGGGUUUGUCAGAGGUCAAGAACCGACCAGGAUCUGAAGAGCAUCUACAAGGCCCCAGAGACGAUGGAUGCCUUGGGAGAAUCUGAGUGUGAGCUUAAUGAUGGAGUGGAUGACAAAGAGCUGGAAGCCUCUGCUGAUAUCCAUGUGCUUUUGUGCUCCUCUGUUCACGUCAAAGUUCGUCUCAACCACUACCAAUACUUGGUGCUGCUCAGGAUGAAAGAAGUUCUGCAGACACUACAGGAGCAGCUGACCCAAGAUACCCAGGAGGUGACUGGGUGUCCUUUAGAUCCCAUGUCUGCUUCGGUAGGAGUUAUGUUCCACAGUGCUGAAGUGGCCCUGCUCAUGAACCCCACACCAGGCUCCUGCUUGGAACCCAAAUCCCUCGACUCAGAUACAACGAGCCUGAUAGAGUCGGAGCUCUCCCCUUCAGACAGCAAGGAGGGACUGGCAGCUGAGGAGAAGGAGCAGAAGUCUGAGAGUGGUUCAGAAAAGGGGACAUGCAGUACCACAGAGGUCCCAGAGGACAAUGAGGCUGGAAACACAGACAGCAGUGUAACCACUGUGCCACUGGAGAGGCUUCCCAAAUCUGCAAGCGAUGGAGCUCUGAGCACAGCUCCUCCAAGUGAGAGCAUGGAGGAGAAAGGUCUGAUAGAGGAAGCACAUGAAGCUGUGGAGGCCCUGGUUGCAGAAGGAGCAGAAGAGCCCAGCAGCCAUCCUCAGAGCCCUCCUGCCCUCCCCAUUAGCCCAACCUCAACCGGUGCUGUCCCCCCAGGAGGGGGAAAUCCCACUCUCAAUGGCCAGGCAGAGCUCAUCCCUCUGAAGAACCUAGAGGUGGAGCUGUCUAGUGCGCUGCAUAUCACAAAGGAUGCCACCAAGGAAGCUCUGCACGUGACUAUGGACCUCACCAAAGAAGCUAUGUCUAUAACAAAAGAUGCUCUGAGCUUGAGCCGGGAGAAGAUGACCUCUACCGUGCAGAAAAUGCUCUCUCUCCCCCCAGCCAAGGAUUCUGUGCCCAAAGCAGAAGAGGGGGCAGUGACUCCAGGCGGGGGUGGCAGCAGCCGGAUGCGUUUCUUCUCCAUGAAGAGGACAGCAUCCCAACAUUCCUUUGAUACCACGUCUGUGGAUGGGAGUGGUCCUGAGGAUGGGCUGUCUGUGGACAGCGAUGGCAGCGAUGGCUUUGUAAUGCUCACAGACUCUGAGCCCAGCCUGGACCCUCUCCCUUCAGGACAUCUGCUCCGGGUGCACAGCAAUGCGGGCAGCAGAGCAAACCUGGUGGCAGAGGAUGAGAGUGGAGCAUCUCCUGAAAUAAACAGCUCGGCUUCACAGAGCGAGGAGCCCAGCCUGCAGCUGGUGUCCGUCCUCGUACUGAAGAUGAAGGAGGUGAACUGUGCAAUAGAGGCACGAGGAGAUGAUUUGUCUGUUGCUGUACAAGUCAGGAAUGUGGUUCCAGAGCACCUGAGCAAUGUUGGGAUGUGGCAGUACCUGCGUGGCUACGUGGGAGAUGCAGACGUGGAGAAGCCUUCAGCCCCCGAAGCUGCUCAGACCCAGCCAGAAGUGUGCCUGCGUCUUGAAGCAGGACCUCAUGCUGCUGUGCAUUCCCCACUCGCUGUCCAGAACGGCUUCCUUCAGAUGCUGGUCCAUAGUUACACAGCAGAGUUCUUCAUGUCCUUCCUUACCAACCUCGGCCCCUUCCUGGAGGAUGAAAUUAUCCCAGAGGUGAUCCCCAUGGAGAUUGAAGUCGUGGAUGCCAAAAUCACACUGAAGGAUGACAGCCCCCAGAUAUACCCCACCUCCCCUGGCCCUGUUCCUAUCACCUUGGCAGUAGAUCACGUCCUUGUGAAGCGCAGAGAUGAUGGAGUUUUCUACCUAACAGCUCCACAAGGGGAGGGCUCAGCGAAACUGGAAAAACCUGUGUCAGUUGUUCAGGACCAGCAGGCCCCAGCACAGUGUGUUUUGGCAGCACCAGCAGGAGGGAUACGUGGACUGCAGUUAAAGGAAGUGCCAGAGUUGCAGAGAGAGCUUCAGAACAUGAAAAUAGCCCUUGCAGAAGCCAACAUGGACAAGGCUCGCCUUCUGCAGGAAAUUAGGAAAUACAAUCCCCUCUUUGAGCUCUGACAGUAGGCUGCAGCUGCUCAGGAGGAGUGGAGACCACCACCAGCACUAAGGCGGCGAGUUUGAUUACGUUGCUGCUAAACAGGUCAGCCUCCUGGAGACUGAUGGUCACAAAGAGUGGAAACCAACUGUGACUGCAAAAUACUCUUCAUACAGGAAGAAAGGACAGAGCUUGGCUGAGCAGCACGGGAGGAAUGGGGAGUUACCCGUGUGCUGCCACUUUCCUCUGUCCUGGCAUAUGGUGCUACCACCUGCCACUGCACCAGGGCAGUGCUCAGUCUGCAGACAGAAGGUGUGAAGUUGGUGUGGGGACACUGUGGCUCUUCGUCCACGCGGUGGUGGUGACAGUCUGCUUCCAGCCCUUCUGCCUGGAGGUGGUUGGCGUUGGGAUUUCUGCUUUUUCCAGCCUUCCUCCCUGUGUUCUUGCCCAAUGACACGUGCCAAAGAGCACAGCAAAAGGAGUGCAGUUAAAUAACACCGCAUGGAGGAGUUGGCAGAGAAUGGGUAGGGCAGAAAAUGUGGCUCGGAGCUGUGAUGUGAAAGCAUGUGUAUUGUCACACAGAGAGAGAAACUGAGGUCAGUGGUGUGGGAGGUGCAGAAGGGAUUUCCCCGUGUGGAGGAAGGGAGCUGCAGCUCAUCAACCCCUCAAGAGCAGAGCCAGGAUAGAAGAGAAGUUCCUUCAGGUUUCUUUUUCUACCAGUAGGGAAAAGAGGUGGUGGUGUAUUAGUCUUAGUCUGAUUCACUCUCGAUCCUGCAACAUUUGGCUUUAUUGAUGCAGAAGCAAAGAGGAAUUCAUUAUUUCAUUACCAAGUACUGUUUAAUCUGUCUUUAGUUUUACAGUCAAAGAAUAGAGGUGGUGGAAUUUGGCUGAAUCACAGAAUGGGGCCUUUGUAUUUCCUCUGGGACACGUGGUGUCCUCAAACCAUUCUGCUUCCCAAAUUUCACCAGUGGAAAGAGGGAACACCAAGAAACAGCUGUCUGCACCCCUACAGAGUCAUGUGUUUUUAAUAGCACUGAGCUCACGCUCAGUGUUGGGUGUCUUUUAGCGGGGAUGGUGGUGUGUGGGUCAGGAGGAGGGUGCUGAGCAGGGCCCCCUGGGUGCAGGCUGGCACUGCUGACUGCUCAAUGGGUGAUGGAGGUGGGAAUGAGCAGGGUUUGUAUUCUUACCUUUGCUCAAAGCCUGCGUGGUUGAACUAGUUGGUGUAACUAGUAAAGAAACUGCCUCUGAAAGUGCAGAUGGAAAAAGAAAUGGGAACCUGCUAAAAGAGGAAAUAAACGCUCAUUUUAAGAGUUAAGAAAGGAAAUGUAAUUUAUGAAGUGCAAGGAUCAAAUGCACUGCUACAGGGAACCGGGUGUGUGGUUUCUUUGCUCUGCUGGUCUGGGUAGUAUUGGACUGCAGGCUGAAUGAGGAGCAGCCGUGAGGGGCAGAAGUUAAUUGUGAAGGGAGAAGCUGCUGCAGAGAAUUUGUGCUGUUCUGGUACAGCAUGGUGGAACAUUCACCCCCAGCUGUGCUCAGGGUGAGCGCCCAUCCCUCCCCAUUAAAUGUAGCAUCUGUACUGCGUGCAGAGUUCAUGGGAGUUCAGCAGAUUUCAGCUGUAUUUUCUGGUGGUGUAAAGGCACACAGUACCCAAAACUUUCUUCUAUUGGAUUUUUCUUUGUGUGUGUGUGUGUGUAAGCAUCGCUUUGUUGUAAUUAGAUUAACUAAAGUAAGAGAAGAUUUUAAUCCUGCUUGCUAUGCAAGGAACAGCCUCUGAUUUAACAAGCCAUGAGCAGCUGAGGCCUGGGAGCUACGCAAAAGAAAGCAAUGAUGUAGGAGCUGAGUUUGCUCUUGUCCCUUUGCCCAGCUCUGGAGAUGCUGAGCAGUUUACAGACACUUCAACAGACACUCCUGGUAUCGUCUGAGCUCUCCUGCAGCUCUCGUGGCAGUAGGGACGUGUUUGCAGCACAGGGUUGGGCGCUGCUGGCUGUGGUUUGUGGAGGGCUGGGAGCGUCCCUUGCUGUGUUUGUUAGCUCACCCUCUGUAACAGAGGGUAUGGAAGAGACAGAGGCUGAUUGUCUGCUGUCACUGUUAAGAUCAUCGGCAUGAUUUGGUGUCUGACUCCGUUAUGCUGAAGGCGGCCCUGACGACGUUCACUGGGAGCAGUGCUCGGAUGCAGGGUCUGAACGGCCUCGGGGCAGAGUGCUGCUGUAGUGCAGUGUUUGCGGUGUCUUUGCCUGCAAAUCUGCGACUGACCGCACCUCCAAUCAGCUGCGACAGCAGCAGCAGAGCCUCACCUUCCUUCUGGAAACUGGAAGCGGGCGGCACAAAUGAAUGGAAGGGAGGAGAGUUUCCCUUUGGCAGAGGGCUCUGCGCCCGCCGCCCACUCUGCCCGGGUUGGAGCCCACGUUUGGUGCUGUGCCUUUCGCAGGUUUGCUUUCCCUCCUCCUCAGAGAGGCUUUGCUGUGCCCUCUCCCCCCGGUUCCUGUUAGACAGCCUUGCUGUUGUGCCCCAUCCCUGCUCGGUGCACAGCUCGGGUUUGCGUUGCUGCGUGUGAUGGAGGAACGUUCCGGAGCAGCCUGUCAGGCCUGUUCUGUAGAGGAAAAUGCACUUUAACUUUCUAAGCAUCAGCGGGCAUUUCCUUCACCAAUACUGCCUCGUGCACAGAAUCCAGAAGUAGAAGCAGGGGUCAGAAAUGGAAGUUAUCUUCCAUAGUGAAAUAAAACUCUUUUCGUGAGCAGUUCUCAGAGUGAUUGAGGAAGGAGGUAACAGAGCCUCUGCGUAUCUCCAGACUUGCUGUGAAACAAACCUAUAUGCAAAAGCUCACUGUAAGUACCGUUAUGAAGUGCACGAAGCCCAUAAGCAGAAGUUGAACUUUUGGUCAACCUACAUGCUGCUGUGCUUUCCUCUUUCUGUGUGAAGCAAGAAAUGCAAGAAGGCUUGCCUUAGGUGGGACGCAAUGGUAUUCUUACUUUCUAUUCACUGCUUGAAAAUGGGAGGUUCCUUUCUUCUUUCACAUUUCAUGCCUUUUUGUUUGAGUAGAAGUCGAGCUUCAUCUCCAGCCAGCGUAGGGAAUGGAUGGGGCAGAAGGGGUUUUCUCCGACGUGGCGCCUAUUUGCAGCGUCACAGAACUCCUUACCUCUCUUUCCACGUGGGCAGACAGAGCAGAGCUGGGCCCCAGCUGCUGGCAGCAGAUCUCUUGCUUCGGCAACUCGAGUGCCCCAGUUCUGGGUAAGAAUUCAAUCACUUCCACUGUCUUCUGCUUUAAGUGAGAGAAGUACUGUAAAACACCAUCCCCUUCCUUUCUACGAGGCGUAGGUGUGGGAGGACAAAAACUCCACUGAUGAUGAUUAGCAAAGUUUACUUUUUAGAGCCUUUUGUUUAAGGACUCUACGUUAUGAGAGCCAACUUAAUCCUUUGUGUAACUACAUGGCAGUUACCCUAGGAAAAGCACGUGGCCUCAGCAUCCUUUACAUAUAGUUACAAGUGUGCUCAAAGGGGAUUACUGUAUGUACAGGUGGGUAAUGUACAAGUCUGAACUUGAAUUUUAGGCAGUAUUGGAUCUUUGUUGCAGUAUAUUUCCACUCAUGCAUUUAUUGGUUCUGUGAACCAUAAAAAUAAAUUAAACUCGUUAACCUCC